UCCAAUGACAAACAAAAAGAAGAGAUUAGAGGGAAUAUUAUAUAUCAAACAAAUAUGCUGUCUCACAGUAUUUAUUACUUAAUUUUAGGUCACACAUCAGUAAUGGGACCGAAUGCACAUUUAAACCUGAUUUUACUGGGGACAGCAAGAGCUGGAAAGAGUGCGUCAGGAAACACAAUACUGGGACGAAAAGCUUUUGUGACAAAAGGCAAACGAGAUGUUGCUGUUGUAUCCGAGACCGUCUUUGGGAUUCCAAUCACUGUUUAUGACACACCAGGAUUAUAUGAGAGUCAGAUCAGUGAUAAUCAGAUGCCACUCCAAUAUAAGAGUACUUUCCUGAAGUGUGAAUCUGGUCCCUGUGUGUUUCUGCUGGUCAUCAAAGCCGACAGAUUCACUGCAGAAGAGAGAAGAACUGUGGAGAAGAUUGAGAGAUUUUUGGGACCAAACCGCUUGAAUAAAACCUGGAUUCUCUUCACCAGAGGAGACAAACUGGAUAAAGGAAACAUGACAAUAAAAGAAUUUCUUGUGAGAAAUGAAGCACUGAAGACACUUGAGAAGUAUGAUCAGAGAUACCAUGUGUUUAACAACAUGAAGAAAGGACCAAGUGACCAGGUCAAACUGCUGCUUGCUAACAUUUUCCAAACAUCAUGUCUGGUAAAUGCAUCAGAAGGAGGGAUGCUGCCCAGACGGAUCACAACGGUCACAACCUUCACUCUUGAUCUUGAUGUCAUUAACCAUUCAACUAGAAGGAUUGUUCUUCUGGGUAAAACUGGUUGUGGCAAGAGUGCAUCUGGAAACACAAUACUGAGACAGAACGUGUUUAAAUCUGAGGUUAGCUCAAAUUCAGUAACCUUUCAAUGUUCAGUGAAUCAUGCCACUGUUUCAGGUAGAUCUGUGUCUGUAGUUGAUACUCCUGGAUUCUUUGACACACCAGAUGAGGUGAAUACUGAUGAACAGGUAAAGAAAGAGAUAGCGAGAAGUGUUUAUUUGUCCAGUCCUGGACCUCACGCUUUUCUCAUUGUUCUGCGUGCAACUGACAGAUUCACUGAACAUGAGCAGCAGAUUCUUCAGAUGAUUGAGAUGAUGUUUGGUCAGGAGGUGUUAAAAUACUCCAUCGUUCUCUUCACUCAUGGAGAUCAGCUGAAAGGAAAGUCCAUAGAGAAUCUCAUUAAGGGGAACAGUCGAUUAAGACAUCUAGUUCAAGAGUGUGGAGACAGAUUUCAUGUCUUCAACAAUGAAGAUCAGAAUAACAGAGAGCAGGUGACUGAUGUACUGAAGAAGAUUGACACAAUGAUAGAGCAGAAUGGAGGAGGACACUUCAGUAAUCAGAUGUAUGAAGAUGCACAGAGGUUCAGACAAGAGGAAGAAAAGAGGAGAAAGAGAGAGGAAGAGGAGAGAAAGGUGGAGAAUGAAAGAGUCAGAGUCCAGAAUAUCACAGCAGAGUAUGAAACUCAAGGACUUGAAUGGAGAAAACAAGAGACUGAGGGGGUUAGAAAGGAAAAAGGUGAAAUGUUACACAGAGCACAAAGUAACCCUGAAUUAGAAGAAUUUUAUAGGCAGUAUAACCAUAGGUUCGGUUUUUCAGCUUCUAUAACUGGUAAGAAACAAACUGGUUUUGGUGCAGUUGCUGGUGGUUUUUUUGGUCAAGCAAUUGGAGCUAUUGGUGGACCUGCUGGUACAGCUGUUGGUGGAUUUGCUGGUGGAGCUAUUGGUAUAGCUAUUGCUGGGCCUGCUGGUGGAGCUGUUGGUAAAGUUGUUGGUGGAGUUGUUGGUGAAGCUGUUGGUAAAGUUGUUGGUGGAGCUGUUGGUACAAUAUUUCAUAGAGUUUUUAAUAAGUAACGUGAAAUUCUCAUGGCCACUGGUGUAGGAGUCCUAAAAUCACAUUCAGACAAAAAUUCUCCACUCUUCAACUGGGAAAAGGGCCCAGAGGAA